AUGCUGAAGAUAAGGGAGCUUAUUGCACAUUGGGUGCUGAUGCAUGAUCAUCCGUUUUCUAUUGUGGAGGAAGAGGGGUUGAACAACAUGAUGAAGUACAGGAUUCCUCAAUGGAUUCCAAUUUCCUGUAAUACUUGUAAGAAUGAUUGUAUGAGAGUGUUUGAAAAUGAGAGGCAGAAGUUGCUAACCAUAUUGAAGGGUGUUAGGAAGAUAAGUCUAACCACAGAUCUAUGGCAUUCAAGCAACCAGAGGAUGGAAUACAUGGUGUUGACUGGGCAUUGGAUUGAUGAUAAUUGGAAGUUUAAUAGACGGGUGUUGAACUUUAUUCAUUUCCCUCCUCCCCGUUCUGGUGUUGCUAUUGCUGAUGCAAUUUUCAAGUGUUUGAUGGAGUGGGGAAUUGAAGCUAAGGUCCACACGAUCUCGGUGGAUAAUGCUUCAAGCAAUGAUGUUGCAGUAAAAAUUAGACACAUUAUUGAGGACAUCCGUGAUAGCAUGGUGUAUAUCAAUUCAUCGGAGAGUAGACUAAAGGUGUUUGCAAAGAUUGUUCAACAACGACGAGUGCCAUUUCACAAGCUUAUUCUUGAUUGCAAAGCACGGUGGAAUUCAACAUAUGAUAUGUUGACAAUGGCAAUGAAUUUUAGACGUGUUUUUCCUUGUUUGAAGGAGAGGGAUUUGAGUUAUCAUUAUUGUCCCAAGGAGGAGGAUUGGGACAAAGUUGAGAAAAUUUGUUCAAUUUUGAAGGUGUUUAGUGGUGCAUCGAAUCUCAUAUCAGGGAGUGAUUAUUUGACAUCAAACUUGUUUCAAAAACAACGUGAAGCGUGGGAAAAUAUUGAUGUUGUUCGAGAUGCCUUGUAUGAGGUAUAUAGGGAGUAUGUUGAUACCAGUAAAGCAUUGACUGCUGCCUGCGCUUCUACAUCUACAGGAGAUGGAGUUGAGGUUGUUGGUGAGGGCUUGGGGCAGCAGCAGAGAGGGUGGAGGAUUGGGAUGAUUUUAAAGGCAAAUUCAACAAAGUUCUCUAUCUUGUCUACCAUGGCUCGUGACAUAUUAGCCAUCCCUAUCACUACGGUUGCUUCUGAGUCUGCUUUCAACGCUGGCAGUAGGGUUAUUGACACGUACCGAUUGUCGUUGUCUCCCGACACGGUGAAGAUGCUCUUAUGUGGAUGUGAUUGGUGCAGGACUUUGAAUGGGAUGAAGAAAGGAUGCAAAGAAGAGCAGCAACCGUUGGAGAUCAACCUUCCUAUCCCGUAA